GAAGCUCGGCGCGCGCUUUUUCUGCGCGGGAGUCGCGACCGAAAGGCUUCUUCUUCCUCUUCUUCUUCUUUUUCUUCUUCUCCAUCUCUUCGUCCUCCUCCUCUUCAUCCUGGAGGGGGCGGAGGCCGGGGCCGGGGCAGUUGAGCCCGCGGCGAUGGCGACUAUGGGCAAGAGGAAGGCGGACUCGGACAUGGGUCGCCCCAAGAAGACGGCUCUGGACGGCGAAGAGACCCGAUGGGGGCGGAGGAGGAGCUUCCUGCCCCCGCCUUCGCGGGCAAUGCUGUCUGGCUUCGUGGAGGGCUCCAUCGUGCGGAUCUCCAUGGAGAACUUCCUAACCUAUGAUACCUGUGAAGUAAUCCCAGGACCCAAUCUGAAUAUGAUAGUUGGAGCUAAUGGAACAGGGAAAUCGAGCAUAGUUUGUGCCAUUUGUCUUGGAUUGGCCGGUAAACCAUCUUUCAUAGGCCGAGUAGAUAAGGUUGGCUUUUAUGUGAAGCGAGGGUGUGCCAAAGGCUCAGUUGAAAUUGAAUUGUUCAAGACUUCUGGAAAUGUCAUAAUUACUCGAGAGAUUGACGUGCAUAAAAAUCAGUCAUCUUGGUUCAUUGAUAAAAAAUCUGCAACGCAGAAAGCAGUGGAAGAACAGGUAGCAGCCUUGAAUAUUCAAGUAGGCAAUCUUUGCCAGUUUCUUCCUCAGGACAAAGUUGGGGAAUUUGCAAAACUCAGCAGAAUUGAACUUCUUGAAGCUACUGAGAAGUCAAUUGGUCCUCCGGAAAUGCACAGGUUUCAUUGUGAACUCAAAAACUUCAGAGAGAAAGAAAAACAUCUUCAGAUCGCAUGCAAAGAGAAGAGUGACUACUUGGAAAAAUUGAAACAGACUAAUGAAAGACAUAAGCAGGAUGUAGAGAGAUAUUAUGAGUGUAAACGUCAUUUGGAUUUAAUUGAGAUGCUUGAAGCAAAAAAGCCGUGGGUGGAAUAUGAAAAAGUUCGCCAGCAGUAUGAAGAAGUAAAGCAGAAUCGUGACCAGAUAAAGGAAGAGCUCAGAAAACUCAAAGAGACACAGGGCCCUCUAACACAAAAAAUUCAAGAGCAUGAAAGGCAGCGCCGACAAUUGGAUAAUCAAGUCAAAGUGAAGAAUAAUGAUAUUAGAGAUACAUCUUGUAAGUGCAAAGAAAAACAAGAUGCAUUAGAAAAGACAGACAAACAAAUUGAAGAAGCAAAGCAUGCUUUCAGGGUGAAGCGAGAUGAAGAGGAUAAUAGACUGCAGAGAAUAAGUAACACUCGUAAGAUGAUCGAGGAUUGUCAGAGGGAAAUUGAGUCCAUAGGAAGCUGUGAGAAUCUGCAACCCCAAAUUGAUUCCCUUAAUGAGAAUCUAAAACAAGUGGAAGAGGAAAAGUCGGCAAUUGAUGUAGAGAUAAAUGAGAGGGUAAAAGAGAUAGAAAAUCUGAAGAAAGAUAAAGCAACUGUAAGUACUCGUAUUGUACGCCUUGAUAACUUACUGAAUCAAAGGGAAGAGAAAUUGAGAAUGAGAUAUCGUGAUACACAUGAUGCUGUUAUGUGGCUAAGAAAAAAUAAACAUAUAUUUAAGAAAACAGUUUUUGAACCCAUAGUGCUCAUGAUCCAUGUGAAAGACUAUAAAAAUGCCAAAUAUAUUGAAAAUCACAUUCCAUCAAAUGAUUUGAGAUCUUUUGUAUUUGAAAGUCAAGAAGACAUGGAAUAUUUUCUCAAAGAGAUGCGUGACAAUCACAAAUUAAAAGUAAAUGCUGUUUGUAUUCCCAGUAUCACAUAUGCAGACAGAGUACCCACAAGGUCUCUGAAUGAUCUAAAGAAAUACGGACUUUUUUCCUAUCUGCGAGAGUUGUUUGACGCACCUCAAUUUGUGAUGAGUUACCUUUGCUACCAGCAUCACGUUCAUGAUGUGCCUGUAGGAACAGAAAAGACCAGAGCAAUAAUUGAACAGGUUAUACAUGAAACCAGACUGAAACAAAUUUACACAGCUCAAGAAAAGUAUGUGGUAAAAACUUCCAUUUAUUCAAAUGACAUUAUUUCCAGUAAUACACACCUGAAAACAGCUCAGUUUCUCACAUUUACUGUAAAUGUACAAGAAAGAAGACAAUUGGAAGAGCAAGACAAGGAAAUAAAUAAAAAAAUUCAGACACUAGAUGUAGAGUUAACAGCCUUUCGUGAAAAAAUCAGACAUCUUGAAUACAGAGACAAUGAUUUCAGAAAUAAAAAGAAGGACCUUCAAGACAGGAAAACCAAAAAGAAUCAACUGGAACAGAAAAUUGGUUCCAAAUUAGAUAGUUUAAAGCUAAUGGAACAUCGUACUUACAAUCUUGAAGAAGAGGAACGGAAGACAAAUGCCAAAGUCAAAGAAAUUAAUGCCCAAAAAGCAAAGCUAGUUUCUGAAUUAUUGAAACUAAUUAAGAGUUGCACAAUGUUGAAUGUCCGAAAAGUAGAUUUAGUUCUUGAGCUAGCUACUAAAGGCUAUGAGAAGAACAAAUUAGAAAGAGAAUAUAAAACUACAGCAUUAAACCUGCGGCAACUGGAGCAACAAUACAAUGCUUUUGGUGAAACAAAAAAUAGACUUCUAGAGAAGUGCAAGGAACUUAUGAAGAAAGCUAGGCACAUAUGUAACCUUGGCCCAGAUCAGAAUAUUCCUCAGGAGUACCAGACAGCUUUCCAAGAUCUCCCAAACACAGUGGAAGAAAUUGAUUCUUUACUCUCAGAAGAGAAGACGAGAGCUUCUUGCUUCACAGGCCUGAAUGCUUCAGUUGUUGAAGACUACAAAAAAAGAACACAAGAAAUACAACAGUUAACUGAGGAACUAGCGCAAAAGACAAACGAAUUGGAUAACUAUAGACAGACCAUUUCAAAGGUUAAAGAAAGGUGGCUCAAUCCCUUGAAACAACUGGUAGAACAAAUAAAUGAAAAAUUUAGCAGUUUUUUUAGUUCCAUGGGGUGUGCUGGUGAAGUGGAUCUCCAUACAGAAAAUGAGGAAGACUAUGAUAAAUAUGGAAUUAGAAUUCGAGUCAAAUUUCGCAGUAGCACACAACUGCAUGAACUAACUUCAAGUCAUCAAAGUGGAGGUGAAAUAAGUGUUUCCACAAUGUUAUACUUGAUGGCACUCCAGGAACUUAACAGAUGUCCGUUUAGAGUGGUAGAUGAAAUCAAUCAGGGAAUGGACCCAGCCAAUGAAAGAAGAGUAUUUGAGAUGGUUGUAAACACUGCCUGUAAAGAAACCACAUCUCAGUAUUUCUUAAUUACGCCAAAGCUUCUUCAAAAUCUCACUUACUGUGAAAAGAUGACAGUGUUGUUUGUCUACAAUGGCCCUUGCAUGCUAGAGUCAAAGAAAUACAAUUUAAAGGCUUUCCUUAGGAGACGACGACGUAUUGGAGUUAGCCAAAUGGAUCAGUGAUGAAAGAAAAAGGGUCUUUGGAAUUUUGCCUUAAAACUAUGUUUAUAAUUACAGAGCUGUUGAGUAAAAAUGAAGAAGUCUGCUGAAACUACAAAGAACUAGAUUUAUUUUUGGAAGCCUGCUUUGAAAUAUAAGCAGGGUGAUAAGGUUGAAACCAUGUAGUUAAUAAUUCUUCAUGCUCCUUUGGAAAACUUGCUAGUAGUUGGAGUUACCCUAUUUUAGCCUUUGUCGAUUUGGGUUAGUAUCCUGGUGUUUGUUCAUUGGAGUUCUAUGUAAAACUUUUAGUGUGGAAUCAAACUGUCAGGUAAUAUGUGAAAGUACAGGUUACAGAGUUAGGUGGUUCGUGUUCACAUGGCUAUUGACAACAGAGUAACCGUAAGUUGAAUGUAGAGAGACCUGAGUAAUUUUUAAAACCUAAAGAUGGUUCUAUAAGCUUAGGUCAUGAUAUUCUUCUAAGGUCCUUAUAUUUAACUGAUAAAAAUGGUUUGAGUAUUUCUAGUUCAACGUGUUUGUCAGUGCUCGUUUCUACUAUGAGGUAUACCUUUGUUCUUUUGGAAAAUUUAGAAAAAAUUUUACGAAAUUUGAAGUUUUUGUCCUAUUUGUAUUUCAUACUCCUCCCCCCUUGCCCCCCCCAAUUAAGCAUAUAGAUUUAAAAAGUGGUAAUAGGACUUCUUUGAAGUGCCACAAGGUAGACCUUGGAAGUAGCACAAAUAAAACCAGGAAACUUCCAAAGAAGAAAGUCAGAUGUCAAGGUUAGUGGGGGAGUGGGGGGGGGGGAUAA